AUGUCAGCUUUUCAAGCCGAAGUUAAUGGGUUAGCUGAAGGCAGGAAGACGGUGGCCACAAAGAAGACGAAAAAGUCACUGGAGUCGAUCAACUCUAGGCUCCAACUGGUUACAGAAAGUGGAAAGUACGUGCUGGGGUACAAGCAGACUCUGAAAAUGAUCAGACACGGCAAAGCGAAACUGGUCAUCCUUGCCAACAACUGCCCAGCCUUGAGGAAAUCUGAAAUAGAGUAUUAUGCCAUGUUGGCCAAAACUGGUGUCCAUCACUACAGUGGCAAUAAUAUUGAAUUGGGCACAGCAUGUCGAAAAUACUACAGAGUAUGCACACUGGCUAUCAUUGAUCCAGGUGAUUCUGGUAUUAUUAGAGGCAUGCAAGAACAGACUGGUGAAAAGUAA